AAAGGCAAAGAAACUGCAAACAUGGUCAUAACAUCACCACAACACGACUCCACCUCUAGCUCAUCACCAAAAAGGCUAUCCCCAGGUUUCCUUGUGUCCAUAUCAUGUCUCAUGGCUCUUUGUGCCAAGCAUGCAAGCCGUGUCUCAAGCAAGCUCAAAACAGCCAACAAGCCAACCUACAAGAACAACUGCAGCACCAUCAACAAGAGCCCAAGACACUCUCCAAGAUUGCCACUUGCAAGGCCAAAGCAGCUCUUGACACAAAUAAGCAACAAGGCCAUCACGUUGAUGCAUCGCCGGAGAAAGGAUGAUCAGGAAAACGCCGAUGUUCUUCUGGGUCCUGAUGAGUUUGGUGAUGGUGGUGUCUGGCAAAAGGCUAUCUUGAUGGGUGAUAAGUGUCAGCCAUUGGAUUUCUCAGGGGUAAUUUAUUAUGAUAGUAGUGGGAAGCAGCUUGACGAGGUUCCUCUAAAGUCCCCACGUGCUAGUCCCUUGCCUGCGUACUUGAUUCGUGCACCAAAAUAGAGGUGGUGGGUUAUGUUUACGUGACCGAGCUUGAGGAGUUAGGUAGGUCACAGCUGUUUGUUAUUGGACAACUAUUCCUAUAUAGUUAGUUAUACAGGGAAGACACGUUACUUUUCUUUCGUUUUUGUUUUA